AUGCCGUUGGCAGGGCUCCUGACCUACAAUCUGCCCCCUUUCUCCAACCCCGCUUGUCAAUUGGUCGCUGCUACAGGUCAAAAUCACUGGCUAUCUGAAAUUAGCUGCCUAAAAGCCUUAUGUCCUCUUCCCCAAUUACGCCAUAUUCGAGCAUUGAUGCCCACCUCAAUGCCUGGGAAUGUUCCACUCCCUACGCUUCAAACCCAUGACUCGAUUAUCCUCUUCCUCAUCCCUAACCCCACUGUGUCCUCUGUGUCUGGCUUAAGUCAUGGUGGUGUGAAAAUGCACCUUUUGGUUACAUCCAUGGCCCAGCAUCCUUUGACGCAGAGAAUCUUGACUAUUUCGCGUCGCCAAAUUAAGCUUGGCAUCGCCUCGUCCAAUCAGAAGUUGGCAUGGAACACUACGCAAGAAGACCCUCCCGGAGUAAAAUAUUUUGACCGAUUCCAGUAUGUCUACAGCUUCCCCGAUAUUCCGUUUCUUGGUGUUUUUCCAUUAGGAGACCAGUCUUUCAGUUGCACUCCAGUUGAUUGUACGGCAGUUUAUGCUGUAAACUCCGAAACAUUCAUCUACUCUCAGCUCAACUCAUCAAAUCUCAUUUUCGCAACUUUAUCAUAUUGGCAGGACGACCUAGAGGAGCACACCUUGUCCGGACUCCAUAAUAUGCAUGCUAAUUUCCAAAGCCUGACCGCGUACUUGGUACAUUCAUAG